AAGCGUCAUUAAAUCCAAGAUUUUACGAAAUGAAAUUCUUUUACAGAGGUUCACAGAUUGGAGUCUUCAGGAUAUAGAAUCUCGUGUCACUCAACUGUGUCUUCCCUAUGUUCAAAUCGCAUCAUUACUCCAGCAUCAUCUGUACAAUGAAAACUUACCGGAAAUACAGAAUACUGAUCUGGAGUUUUCCUCGUUGUGCUCCUAUUUGGGGCUCUUUUCAUCUAGUCCAUCAUCCAGUGUCCAGUGUUUAAACUGGGCUACUCCAGAACCUUUGGUUCUCAUUAGGACCUGGUGUCAAGAAUACAUUAACUUUGUAAACAAAUCUGUCAUUGCUGCAAGGAAUUUGCUGGACCAGCCUCUUAUCUGGCAUCAACCUGCUGUCCUUCAGCUUCCUCACGAGUACUCCAGGAUCUUCCAGUUCUACCACCAGAGGGCUUGUUCUGUUUGUCACAGUGUCCCUAAAGACCCUUCUUUAUGUCUAGUGUGUGGAAGUUUAGUGUGUCUGAGAGGAAACUGCUGCCAGAAACAGUCUCUUUGUGAAGCUAGCAGUCAUUCUAUCAGUUGUGGGGCAGGGACAGCUAUGUACCUGGCAGUUAGCUCCUCACUGAUCAUCGUCAUUAGAGGAAAAAGAGCGUGUUUGUGGGGUUCCGUGUACCUUGAUAGCUAUGGGGAAGAAGACCGAGACCUAAAACGAGGAAAACCAUUGUUCUUAAGUCAGGAAAGGUAUAACUUGCUUCAGAAACAGUGGCUUGGGCAUCGUUUUGACCACACCAACAAGCGAUGGGUUUGGCACAAAGACAACCUUUGAUGUCAUCUGUGUUAUAAAUCUUAUAUCAUUGGGUAUAGUUAAGCUCUCGGUGAAAGGACAUCUAACAUGGAAGUGCAGAUAAAUAAAAGUGAGGCUUGGGGAUGAUGACGUAGAAAUUAUUUCAGUUGAGAGGGUGCCUUUCCCAGUUUUUAAAAUGUUUUUAUUUAUAAGUUUUGCUUCUGUAUAUAAAAAGAUUUUGUUAUGAUGAUGUAACAUAUCCUUCAAAAUUUUAAUAUUAACAGGUGACAAAUAUAUAAAUAAAUGAAACUAAGCCUGAAAAAAAAUGGCUGAUUGUAGCACGAAAUGAGAAGUUUUGAGAUAUUUCCGGGACUUCUAUGUAAAGAACUAGAAUUUGUACAGAGACAAAGUUAACUAUUAUAGAAAAUAUUAAAAAAGAUGGCAACAACUAUUAGAAACAAAAGGCAGGCAUUAACGUAACAUUCUUUUCUGUUUCUCAUUGAAUUAAAGAAAAAGAAACAGGUUAAACUAAAUUAUCCAUUUAUUGUGAAUUGUAAAGUAUGUAUUGAUAUAGUCAAAAAACACAAAGAUUCUCAAGCACCAGUUGGUUGAUUUCGAAUUGUCUUUCUACGGUUUAUUCCUUUUUAAGUAAUGAUCUGAAAAUAAUGAUUCCCGAGAUACUUACAAUUAGAUGGCAGAUCAGAUAAAUUAUGUAAACAGUCACAUCCAUCAUUUCUAAUAAUUAUAGUUCUCUUUAUUUUUCUUUCAAAUAAGGCAUUGAAUUCUCUCUUCAACCAAAGCUAUCCCCAAGUCAUUUUACCAUGUUAGUUUUUGUUUUUUUUCUAUCUCUCUCUCUCUCUUUGAUUAUAGCUAUCCCCUUGUUUUAUUUCUUUCUUUACCUCUUUGAUCAUAGCUAUCCUUGUGUCCUGUUCGUUAUGGGAAUGUUUUAUUUUGAUAUGUUUUUUUACAUACAGUUUUAUAUUGGUUUAAAAAAAUGUAUUCACAUCUACAUUAUUAUAUAUAUUGUUAAAACAAGUAUUAUUUAAAUUUCUUGCACCAUCACACAGGAAAAACAAUUGUAAUUACAGUAACAGGUGUGUGUGUGUGUGUGCAUUCUCAGUUUAGGGUAUGUUCGUUUUAUUUGAAUUCACAAAUGAAAUUAGAAACUCGUUUUUGUUUUGUUUGUUUUUCAAGAUCCAUAUUAAUGUAGCAAGAAUAAAUAUUUAACGUUAAAAACCUUCUUUGUUUUCAGUCUGAAAUGUUGUUCACGAGACUUUAUAUGUGAAAUUCUGACAUCUUACUGUAACGAUAUUAGCAAAAAAAAAACAUUGUUAUGCUAUUAGUUGAUUAGUAGUGUCAACACUGUUUUUUAUCGAGGUUGCAUACAUAGUACACUUUGUCUUUAACAACUUGUAUUGUUCUCUGAAGAAGAAAUAUAACUUUUUUGAUUGGAAGAAUGUUUUUCAAAAAAUGAGAAACGCUUGAGGUUUUUAUUCUUAUUAAAAAACUGUUUUCAUCUUUGACUGCUUCAGCUGCAUUGACAAUAUAACGGUUUCUUUUGAGCGAGUUACUUUGUACUUUAUUUCAUGAGCUCUUUAUUCUUCAAGUUUUAGUGCAUUUAACAAAAAAACAAGAAUCAUUUGCUUAAAGUUUCUUAUCUAAAGUUCAGGAGUGUUCCUUUUGUGUACAGACUCGGAACUUUUGAAAUGAUAGUGAUUUAGUAAUGUUAUGUCGUGUAUGAAUGUUUUGAAAAAAUGUAAAAACUAACACUACGCAGCUCGGUUACUGACGAGUUUUAAGGAUUUUGCUUAGUAAUAUAGAAUAAAGAAAUUGAAAAUACA